AUGAUUUUCCUCAAUUAUACCCUACGUAAUUUCAACCUCAGAAGAGAACCGUUCAUCGGCAGAAGAAGAGGCAAUGAUGUUUCAACAGUAUGUUGCAGCAGUGAAUUCGAGCGGAGAAUGAGCCUUAUAAAAAGAAAAGAUCCAUACCGUCAAGAAGCUGCUCGAAAGACUGUUCCUAAAAACAAGCUCGAGGAGAAAGCUUUGGUUUCUCUACCUAAGGUUUGA